AUGCCUGAUAAAAAGGACCAGGGCGCGCCCGGACAAGAUAUGUCCAGCAUUAUUGCCCAGCUGACCGCGCUGCUCGAGCAUCAGACAAACACAACUCCAGCAGCCAGUUUCCGUUUGGAGCUCGCUGUGCCUACAUAUGAAGGCCACACAGAUAAGAAAUCGGUGGCGGACUUCCUUCAGGAAAUGCAAGAUUACCGCGACGCGCAAGCCAUUACGGAUGACGUUCUCCAGCGCGUUUUGCCCGUUGCCCUGACUGGGUCCGCCGCCCGCUGGCGUCGUCGCCAGUCAUUCCAAAGUUGGACGCACUUUGAGCAGCUACUGCGAGCAGAAUUCCUCCCCCCGGGCUACGUCGUCCGCAUGAAAGACGAGCUUCGCGCCCGUAGUCAGGCGGAGAAGGAAAGCCUCCAAGAAUACAUAAGCUCCUUUCAGGAGCUUUACGAGCGCGCAGAUCCUUCAGCACCCGAAAUGGAAAGAGUCACCCGGGCAAUCCGGCAAUCUCACCCACGCUUUCAGGCUUAUCUAAGGGGCCGUACCUUCUCUUCGCUUGACGAUCUCGCUAAAGCGGCGAUGUUGGCAGAGCUUACUUACCAGCCUCCAUCCCCGCCUCAAGCCUCCCUCGAGCCGUCUUGCGCGUGGCACUGUUCUCAAAUUGCAAGCCCGGGGAAUAUGGUACCGCCUCCAAGGGCGCUGGACCCAUUCAUUCACCGCACCUUUGCCACCCAGCGGCUGCCGCCCAGUCAGGCGCAGAAGAUACACGCAGGAGCAUUUCAGUCUGCUUCCAGUGCGGAGGACGAGGCCACUACAAGAGCAAGUGCCCGAGCGCCCCGGGCUUCCUACAGCAGGGAAACGACGAGGGCCGGCGGUGGUGAGCAGCUACCACUCACCGGCCAACGACCUACCGCGCCCCGACGUCUCAUCGCAACAUGCAGGCUCCGGAACGACCUCUCCGGCAGCAGCCUACCAUUACGCGGUGUCACUUGCAACAUCAAAGCAUCUUGCAGCGGCCUUCAAGCACCGAGCGGGGGCUGGCGUUUCCGAGACUACGAAAAGCAGGGUGUUUUGGUCGUCUCACCAUCCUGCGGCCACGCCGCUGAGCCGCGGACAACCUCGGCAGCAGAGAGGGGGAGAGAAACGGCUCCUCACACUCGAAUCAGCACCGGCAUCAACGGUAGUAGCUGUACCGGAAAGGUGUCACCCCCCCAGAUCGAAGGCCCAGGAUCUCGGACAAAUGAUGCCGCUGGCAAUUGGAACGGAGGAAACAAAAAGAAGGGCUGCCUGAUGUCUGCACCUUCGGUAGCCUCAGAUGCAAGCCAAUACCCGAAGACUACACCGGGACCUGCGAAGAAAAGAAACAUUUUAAUGAGCAUCAGACGAAAACAGAGCCUGAUGCAGGGACAGAAGCUAAAGGCUGAUGGAGCCUGACGGGGCCUCUGACCCUAAACAGUCUACAGCGGUUACAAAUACAACACAAAUCUUAGAAACAAAGGAAAUAAAGUAAAAGAAACGCAGCAUUUGACACCGGUACAUAAACGCAUUGCAUAUACUGUUGCACAACAAAUGACACAUAACAAAUGAUACAUAAUAUGACGCUAAGCAAUUUACUUGAAUAAAUCAGCACAAACAGCUGUUGUACAAAAACAUA